CGACGGUCCUCAGCAUCGUAAUCAGCAGCAUCAUCAUCUCGUGUGCUCCGCCUUGGCUGGUGCAGCAGCUGGCCGUGGUGGGCUGCGUAAGGGAUGGAGGCUACCUAUAAUUUCGUUCUGGGACCGCCGCACUUCUCCGGGGCUGCCGUGCAAAGGAUUAAUGAGGCCCGCCAGCGCUACUGUUUCUGCCUGGAUGGUCCGCCGUGCACAGCGAGGGAAUGGAUGACUGCUUGCUCUGCUGCCAGCCCGGCAGUCGUCAACUGAGGUGAGGUGACGGCCCUGCUUCCAAUCAGCACGCGCGGCUUUCUGAGGGUGGCGGACGCGGUCGCGGCGGCGCAGUUAGUGGCUCGCCCUCGCUAUAUACAGAGGCCGUCGCAACGCCUGCCUGACGGGGAUGUGCAUGUGGAUAUGGGAUGGGGAGGUGCACGUCUGCGGGCCAGAUAGCGGCGUGAAUAAUCAAAUGGAUCCUGCGGCCGCCACGAUUCGUCGCAGCAAACGACGCCGCUUGCAGUUGCUGGUGUCGUGACCGCCGCCAGUAGGCUUUGUCUUGUCUGGCCUUGUCGUGCCCGGCGUCCGUGCAGCCCUAGUCACAGUCUUUCACGCCUAGCAGCAGGCGCGGUUGAUGUCAGA